AUGGCUCCCGCGGCGCCGUUUUCGUCGCCGGGUAUCACGGCGGGCGUCGAGCCCGUGCCGUUUUCGUCUCUUGCCGCGUCGUCAGCACUGUGGAGCGCAUUGGCGCAACAGCUCUCGUCGGCGCAACAGAUCUUGUCGGCCCAGCAGCGGCAAAUGUCGGCGGAACAACUGCUCACGUCGGCGGAACAGCGCUCGGCGGCGGAGCAGUUUCGGAUGUCGUCCGCCAUCGGCACAACUUCCGCUAGGAGAGGCGGCGGCGGCGGCGCCGGUGGCGGAGGCGGCGGAGACGGCGGCGGUCGCGUUGGCGACGACGCGACAUCUCAGGUAGUCGCAGCGCUGCGACCGCCGCCCAGCGGGCGACCGCCGGACGACUCCGGCGAACCGUCGCUUGAGCUGAGCGACUGGCUUACGCGAAUCACUCGAAUCCCUGACCCUUUGGGUGGUCUGCGUAGCGGUAAGCCGGUUACCAGGCAAAGCCAGCAUGAUUAUGCCGCCCGUGCCGUUACCACUGGUACUGGAACUGCCAUAUCUGCUGGCGUGGUUGAUGCGAGAUUGCCCAGUGGACGAAGCGCGUCACACGCCGACGGUGGCGGAAACGUACGGUUAAGCGGCGGAAACUGGCUGGGGGGGGAGAGCGGAAGCGGAACGAGAAGUGCUGCGGAAGGCGCAAGGGGCAGGGACGAAGGAGUUUUGUUCCCCCAAUGGGAGCGAAUGAACGACGCGCUUGCCUGGGGGUUUGGGUUCCGCGGCGGGAGUUUACGCGCGUCACCCACCGAGCGCGCAACGCCCCGCGGCGGGAAGGGGGACGGCGCGUCAGCGAAGUUUUUCUCGUCUCCGCGUGAGCCCCGCACCGCACAGGGGGACGCAGUGAACGCGGGCGGGUUUAUCACGGGCGGCGGCGGAAGCGUGGGUGGCGCGGGUUUAGCGUGGGGUGCGGCGGUCGGCGGUUUCCGCCUGCAUGGCGCAAGCGCGAGCGCGAGCGCGAGCGUGAGCGCGAGCGUGGGCGGAGAGAGCGCGGAGGUGAUGGAACGAAGCCGCAGCGGCAGAUCAACGGAUGGGAGCGAACGACAGGUGCGGCUUGAUAGUGUUACAGCAGCGGCGACAACGAGAGAAACACAGACAGCUAGGAUCAUGGCCAGACCGAAAUCUACUCCGGCUCCUAGACCCGCACGGGAAGGAUUCGCGGAGCUGCUUGAUGCGUCAGGAACGCCACGGCGCGGAGGAGUGGCGAAAGCAGAGUCCUUGGGGAUUCAAGAGGGGUUUGCGGGGUUUGGAGGUGGUGGAGAAUCGUUUGAAGGGCGUGUUCCAACAGCGACCCUAGAACCAACUUCCCCUGCUGUUCAAUUCGCUGCUGCAGGGGCUGCGGCUGCUGCCGCAGCUGCUGCUGCUGACGCUGCUGCUGCUGCUGACGCUGCUGCUGCUGCUGACGCUGCUGCUGCUGCUGCUGCUGCUGCUGCUGCUGCUGCUGCUGCUGAUGCCGCUGCUGUUACCAGCGCUGAUCCCGUACCUCUUUCCGCAGCAGGCUCAGACUCGCUUGGUUCGGCAGAGGUUCGGUCACCACCCGGCCUCGCCCAGCAGCGGUUGUUCAGCCUUGGCGGGCCUUCCCUGUCCCCACUGCUUGACUCAACUGCCUGGCCACUUGCAGGCGCGGCGGAGAACCGACCCUGGAUCCGAGGUUCGGGGCCGCACGAGUGCAAGGUUUGCCACAUGCGGUUUCCAACCCUGCAUGCACUGGGCGGGCACCAAAACGGGCACAGGGAAUUACGGCUGCAGCGACAGAAGGAAAAGGCGGCAAAAGCAGCGGCCGCUGCUGCUGGUGCUGGUACUGCUGGUGGGAAGGGAGGUGGGGAGAGGAAGAGCAGGGCAAGGAAGCAGCAGAGCGACAGUGUUGCUGCUGUAGCACCAAGGCAGGGAGACGGUAAAGCCACAAUGACCGCUGACUCGACACAGAAGUCACCUGGGAAGCAGCAGGGCAGCAGAGGCGUUGCUGCUGCUGCUGCUGCUGCUGCUGCUGCUGCUGCUGCUGCUGUAGUGGCGAGGCAGGAUAAGUCUGCAUCCGUAUCACAGAAGGAAGCAGAGGGAGGGGGAAGGGGUGGAGGAGGAUCAAGAAAACAGCAAGACACGGGAGGGCGGCAAGACGCAGCAGGCCAGCAAGAUCAAAUGAGAGAUCCACCUGAGAACCAAGACUCUCUGCUCAGGCAAGACACCACCCCGCGGAACCAAGGCACGCGGCAUAAGAAAGGCACGCCGCAGGAGCAAGAGGUUUCUCGGAGGGAGCGAGAAACGUUCAAGAGCAGGGAGGGAAUGGAGGGAAGGGAGGAGGAGGGUGUGCGUACGGAUGCUGGUAGUGUUGGUGCUGGUGCUGGUGGUGCUGGUGCUGGCGGUGGUGACAGUGGUGGUGGCAGUGUUAGCAAGGGAAGGACCGCGGCCAGUGUCACUGUUCAAUGCGAUGUUGGCACUGCAGGCCCUGCUGCCGUACCAUGGGCGGCACAGUCACACACGUUACAAUCACGCAUGUUACGAGGAGGCAGCAGCCUGGGCACAGCGUCCCUCCCUUUCACCGUCAUUCCACAGCCGGUUACCGUUACAAUGGGCGAGGUGAAACCCGAGCCAGUAGAUGCUGCCCAUCCGACCGUUGGAUGGAGGGGACGAGACAUGGGAAGCGAUCCUGGCCGUGCAAUGGGAGAGGGAGGAGAGGGUGAGGGGAGUGUUCCGCAGUGGGAGGAGCGGUUGGGAUGUAGACAAGAUACGCUGACCAGGAGUGUGUUGGAGAGUAUUUUUGGUGGGCUGACCUCCCGGUCUCCCCCUGCUGGUGACUUCGAGCGGCUGCAACAAGAACCGGAGCAACAACACCAGCAGCUGCAGCAGCAGCAGCAGCAGCAGCAGAACGAACAACACGAGCAGAUUCGGCAGCAGCAGCACCCCCGCCACCACCAAAACCAGGAGCAGCAGCAGCCACAACAGCAGGAGCAACUGAUGCAGCAGGAGAAUGAGACUCACCGUCGGGAGGAGUUUCUGCUAGCAGCAGCAGGACGAGGAGGAGGAGGGGGAGGAGGAGGAGGAGGAGGAGGAGGAGGAGGAGGAGGAGGAGGAGGAGGAGGAGGAGGAGGAGGAGGAGGAGGAGGAGGAGUAGGAGGAGGAGGAGGAGGAGGAGGAGGAGGAGGAGGAGGAGGAGGAGGAGGAGGAGGAGGAGGAGGAGGAGGAGGGGGAGGAGGAGGGGGAGAAGGAGGAGGAAGAGGGAGAGGAGAGGGGACAGGAAGAGGAGGAGGAGCAGGAGGAGCUGCAGAAGAAACGAGCCUGCCGGAAACUUCUGGAGGACACGCCACAGAACACCCAGAGCAUCCAGGGCACUCGGUGUACCCAGGCCAGCCAGGGCAGCAGCACGGCCAGCACUUCAAGAAUCCCAGGCAGCACUUUGCUCCUUGUUCAGAGCAGGGAGGCGCAUCCCCCUUGCCUGUGCCUUCUGGAGGGGCCCUGCCAGUGCUGCUCCCAGAGCAGCAUCCUCGUUAUAGGGAUGCUGCUGCAUCGCAGCUAAGGCCGAAACGAGAAGCUUACCGCAAAAGCGUUUGGGAGAGGACUCAUCGGAUGGAGGGGGUCCGAGGUGGAUGCGCCCGUCUGCUGGGUCGUCCUCUUCGGCUUUAA